CUGUUUGCCAACAUCUCGGCCAGAGUGUUUGUCCAGCCAGCCUGUGCCGCUCUCAAGCACCGCUGCCUUGCCCUCCCUUCCCCGACAGCUUCUGGCGGCCCAACUGGACGUGGCGUUGCUCGGGUCAAUCUGCUAGAGGAGCGCAGAGCCCUGCACGGGUUCACAAACAGAAUUUUGGACAGGAUAUUUGGUGCCAGGUACCAAGAGCCAGUCUGCUGAAUUAUUGUCCCGGUCGUUAGGAUUGCUGCGAGUCUCUUUGAAGGUCUGUGGGUGCACCCAGUUGCCAGCUCAGGGGAGGCACACCUGGAAGCCAUUUCCAAGAACUUUUGCCACAGGUGUAAAAGACUCCAGACCUGCAAAGAUGCUGAAACAGAUACUAUCAGAGAUGUACAUAGAUCCUGAUCUGCUGGCAGAGCUCAGCGAAGAGCAGAAACAGAUCCUGUUCUUCAAGAUGAGGGAGGAACAGAUCCGCCGAUGGAAAGAAAGAGAAGCAGCAAUGGAAAAAAAGGAGUCCUUGCCAGUGAAAUCCAGACCAAAGAAAGAGAAUGGCAAAUCUGUUCAUUGGAAACUGGGAGCCGAUAAGGAAGUCUGGGUCUGGGUGAUGGGUGAACACCAUCUAGAUAAACCCUACGAUGUUCUCUGUAAUGAAAUUAUUGCUGAGAGGGCCCAGCUGAAAGCAGAGCAGGAAGCAGAAGAGCUCAGAAAGACUCAGUCCAAAGAAUUUGCCAAUAGCUUGAAAACGAGAUCACAGUACUAUGAUCUGCAAGCACCAGAUACCCUGGAGUCUCAGAAUAUCUGUAAGAAAGCAGCGGAAGAGGAGGAGCUGGGGAAAGGCUCUAGACUGGCACCACCCCUUGAAGAAGAGAAAAUUCCAUCAUUCUCCAGUUCCUCAAGAAAUAUUCAACAAAUGUUGGCAGAUUCUAUCAAUCGUAUGAAGGCAUAUGGAUUUCACCAGAAGAAAGAAUCCAUGAAGAAAACACAAGAUGAGGAACUAAAACAAAUAGAUGGGGAGAAAACCAAGCAGAUUUAUAAAAGCUGGAAAGAAGAUUCAGAGUGGCAGGCAUCUUUGCGAAAAUCCAAAGCAGCUGAUGAGAAGAGACGCUCUUUGGCUAAACAAGCGCGGGAAGACUACAAGAGGUUAUCACUAGCAGCUGAAAAAGGAAGAAGCGGUGAGGGACCACAAAGCCCCCCAAGCAUUCCACAGAAACCAAAAAGACCUCCGCUUCCACCCAAGCCUCUGUUCCUAACCCCAGCAGGAUACCCUCGAAAGCCUCUUAGAAAUCAGGGAGUGACGAGGAUGGCAUCCAGCUAUGCCCAAGAGGAAAUCAUUCGGUGGUUUAAAGAGGAGCAGCUACCUCUGCGAGCAGGCUACCAGAAAGCCUCAGACGCCAUAGCUCCCUGGUUCCAUGGAAUUCUUACAUUAAAGAGAGCAAAUGAACUUCUGAGCACAUGUGUGCCAGGCAGUUUUCUAAUCCGAGUCAGUGAAAGGAUCAAAGGCUAUGCCCUGUCCUAUCUGUCUGAGGAUGGCUGCAAACAUUUCCUCAUAGAUGCCUCUACGGACUCCUACAGCUUCCUGGGUGUGGACCGGCUCCAGCAUGCCACCCUGGCGGAGCUGGUGGAAUAUCACAAGGAGGAACCUAUAACUUCCCUGGGGAAAGAGCUCCUUCUGUACCCCUGUGGUCAGCAGGAUGAGCCGCCCGACUACCUGGAGCUCUUUGAGUGACAGUCUCCAACAUGUCAUCCUGUAACCUCCAGCUGGGCUUUCCUCUGGACAGACAUCGCUGAAAUAGACAUUUGUAUGUGAAGCCAAAGUCACCCUGCAGCAGAGCCAAUGCUGAUCAACUGGAAGUAUCCUUAAAGCCCCACGGAAAUCUCUCUUCUGCACAAAUGCUGGAGUUUAAUGUUAAAAGAAAAUUGCCUCUGCAGGAUAUUCACUCUGAAAGUAAAGAGAGAUGAUUCCCAAUUUCAGCAACUACCUAACAUGAAGGAUACAACCUUAAUGAUGUAUAUAAAAUGAACAAAGAAGGAAUCAAAACCUUUUAGGAAUUAAGGCAUUACUUCAAAAACUAGUAGCUCAUGUGAAGUAUUUCAUGACCCCUCUUUGCGUCAUUUUGAAAUGUCUCAGGUUUGUGUUUACAUUAAGUUCCAUGUUGGCUUUGGGGAGCUGGCAAAAAAAGCCUUUACUCGUGGCUGAAAUGACCCCGCAAACACACUUCAUUUGUCACGCAUGCUGGAGCCAGGAUGUAAGAGACACAGAAGAACGAAAGUUGGGAAUGUAAAUUGAAUGAGGAGUUUAAAAAUGUAGGAGAGGCUUAACAUGUAAAGAAAUACCAUGGACUGUAGAGGCAUGAGCAGACAUCUGCGAGUGUGUUUCCAUGAGCAGGACGGUGCUUGCCCAGUCUACCUUGGCUCCAUCCAGGAGCACAUCACACAGGAUGAGGCAUGAGGUGCUUACCGGUGGGGGUAGACCAGAACAGAAUAGUGAGCUGUGUGAGUACUACUUGUGGGUUGAACGGUGUCCCCAGAAAGAUAUGUUGAAGUCCUAAGCCCUGGUACCUGUGAAUGUGACCUUAUCUGGGAACAGGGUGUUUGCAGAUGUGAUCAAGUUAAGAUGGUUCAUACUGGAUUCAGGUGGGCCUUCAGUCCAAUGACUGGCAUCCUUAGCAGGAGAGAAGGGAUUUGGAAACAGACACGGAGAGGUGAGGCAGCCAUGGGACGACAGAGGCAGAGGCUGGAGAGAUGCAGCCGCAGCCAGGGAAUGGCAGGGGGUGCUGGCAACCCCCAGCAGCUAGGACAGCAGUAUGGAACAUGCCUUCCCUGGAGCCUUGGAAGGGAAUGUGGCCCUGCUGACACCUUGGUUUCAGACUUCUAGCCUCCAGAACUCUAAGAGAAUAAAUUUCUAUUGCCCUAAGCCUUUGAGUUUAUGGUAAUUUGUUAGAGCAGCCCUGGGAAAGGAACACAGAAGUUCACGUAAUUGUGGAACGUGACACACAUCACAUACCAUUUGUUGCUCUACAGUCUCCUCCCUGAUAAUGAAGGAAAAAGGGAGAUGAAGAGUAACCUCCCAAGUGGGAUGCAGAUUCCCUCAGCCAGGAGUCUUGUGCCCCACUGCGUCCCCACCCCAGCCUCCGGCUCAGCAGGGGUGCUGGCCUCUGGGCAGUGACCAAGGAUGCUCCUAUGCUCUGAGCCACAGGUUCUUCUCCUGGGGAGAUGGAGCCUUCCUUGCACUUCAGGCCUAGUCUCUGUAUCUGCAUUCCUCCAGAAGCAGCAGGGGCUGCAGCAGUUAGUCCGUGAGGCAGUUCGUUGUGUGAAAUGUAACGACAGAGUGUGGGGGACGUGUGUGUGUGAGUGUGUAUGGGUGCACACGUGUGUUUUUAUGAGAAAGUUUUUAAACACAGAUCAUCGUAAAGUGUUACUUGAAAUGUCGCGUGUGUUUGUACAGUCUGAGAGACAACUGUCAGUGAGACAUUUGUCCAAGAGAACCUGUCUUUGGCUUUCAUUCCUGUGACUCAACAGCUGUGACCUUAUAGAAUUGCAAAGAUGGCACAGGACAGGAAGUCACAAACUUCUAUUCUGUCUCCAUAUCUUCCCACCAUUAGCUCUCUGAAUGUCAGCUUUCACUUCUAAUACAAAAGCACAUUUUUAAAAAUUGCAGCGUACUUGACAUUAACAUUAAAUUAGUUUCAGGUGUAUAACAUAAUGAUUUGACAUUUUGUAUACACUGUGAAAUGAUCACCAUUAUAAGUAUAGUUAUCAUCCAUCACCUUACAAAGUUAAAAAGUUUUUUCUUGUGAUAACUUUUUUAAGAUCUACUUUCUUAGCAACUUUCAAAUAUGCACUAUAGUAUUAUCAACUCUAGUCACCAUACUGUACAUCCCCAUGACUUACUUAUUUUAUAACUGAAAGUCUAUACCUCUUGACCUCCCUUCACCCAUUUUGCCCACCCCCCAACCCUCCUUCCCUCUGGCAACCACAAAUCUAUUCUCUAUCUGUGAGUUUGGCUUGGUUUUGUAUGUUUUUAGAUUUGACAUGUAAAUGAAACCAUAGGGUAUUUGUCUAUCUCUGACUUAUUUCACUUAGCAUAACACCCUCAAGGUCCAUCCAUGUCACAAAUGGCAUGAUCCCUUUUUUAUGGUUGAGUCAUAUUCCUGUGUGUGUGUGUGUGUGUGUAUCA